GGGGUGGCGCUGGGCGCAUGCUCCCAGGCGCAGUCGUCCGCGCGGGCUUCAGGCCGCUCUAGCCGCUCGUCUCACCUGCUCUCCAGAAGGCGAGCGAGCCCGCGGGGGUCCCUCCAAGAUGGCGGCGCAGAGGAGGAGCCUGCUGCAGAGUGAACAGCAGACAAGCUGGACAGACGACCUGCCACUCUGCCACCUCUCAGGGGUUGGCUCUGCCUCCAACCGAAGCUACUCUGCAGAUGGCAAGGGCACCGAGAGCCACCCACCUGAAGACAACUGGCUCAAGUUCAGGAGUGAGAACAACUGCUUUCUGUAUGGAGUCUUCAAUGGCUAUGAUGGCAAUCGGGUGACCAACUUUGUGGCUCAGCGGCUGUCAGCCGAGCUCCUGCUAGGCCAGCUCAACGCUGAGCAUACGGAAGCUGAUGUGCGGCGCGUGCUGCUGCAGGCCUUUGACGUGGUGGAGCGGAGCUUCCUGGAGUCCAUUGAUGAUGCUCUGGCUGAGAAGGCCAGCCUCCAGUCCCAGCUGCCAGAGGGUGUCCCUCAGCACCAGCUGCCUCCUCAGUAUCAAAAGAUCCUCGAAAGACUCAAGGCAUUGGAGAGGGAGAUUUCAGGGGGAGCCAUGGCCGUCGUGGCUGUCCUCCUCAACAACAAGCUCUAUGUCGCCAAUGUUGGUACGAAUCGCGCACUCUUAUGCAAAUCCACAGUGGACGGGCUGCAGGUGACCCAGCUGAAUGUGGACCACACCACGGAGAAUGAGGAUGAGCUCUUCCGCCUCUCGCAGCUGGGCUUGGAUGCAGGGAAGAUCAAGCAGGUGGGGAUCAUCUGUGGUCAGGAAAGCACCAGGCGUAUUGGGGAUUACAAGGUCAAAUACGGCUACACUGACAUUGACCUCCUCAGUGCUGCCAAGUCCAAACCCAUCAUCGCAGAGCCUGAAGUCCAUGGCGCACAGCCCCUGGACGGGGUGACGGGCUUCCUAGUGCUGAUGUCCGAGGGGCUGUACAAAGCCCUGGAGGCAGCCCAUGGUCCUGGACAGGCUAACCAGGAGAUUGCUGCCAUGAUUGACACCGAGUUCGCCAAGCAGAUGUCUCUGGACGCAGUGGCCCAGGCCGUGGUGGACAGGGUCAAGCGCAUCCACGGCGACACCUUUGCCAGUGGCGGGGAGCGGGCCAAGUUCUGCCCGAGGCAUGAGGACAUGACCCUGCUGGUGAGGAACUUCGGAUACCCACUGGGUGAGAUGAGCCAGCCUGCCCCGACUCCCGCCCCAGCCACAGGCGGACGUGUGUACCCUGUCUCCGUGCCUUACUCGAGCACCCAGAGCACCAGCAAGACCAGUGUAACGCUCUCCCUCGUCAUGCCCUCACAGGGCCAGCUGGUCAAUGGGGCCCACAGUGCCUCCACCCUGGACGAAGCCACUCCCACCCUCACCAACCAGAGCCCGACCCUGACCCUGCAGUCCACCAACACACACACCCAGAGCAGCAGCUCCAGCUCCGAUGGAGGCCUCUUCCGCUCCCGGCCAGCCCACUCACUCCCGCCAGGUGAGGAUGGCCGUGUGGAGCCCUAUGUGGACUUUGCUGAGUUCUACCAGCUCUGGAGCGUGGACCACGGCGAGCAGAGUGCCAUGACAGCCCCAUAGCCCCGGCGGGGAGAGCAGUAUGAGUAGGACCUGCAUGGGGGACCCACCCUGGGCAGGAAGGGUCUUUCCCUCGCAUUGGCCAUGGGGGCCACCUCAGCCUGAACCCCACAGCCCGGUGCUGCAGAGAACAUUCUCAGAGUGCACAGCCACAGACUGGAGCCCUUGGAUCUGCCCUGUCCCUGCCUGGGGGCCGGAGCCACUGGAGCAGUAAGCCUCAGCAGGACCUUUCAUUUCUCCAAACGAAGGACCCAAGCAGGGAAGCUGCCACAACCCGCAGCCCUCCCUCCUCUCCCCUCCGUGCACAUGCAGAAAGAUGUGAAGAGGUGCCUGUGGCCACUCUGGUGCCCCUCUCACCGGAAGUGGUUCCCCCUUUCUUCUUCUGCCUCCAGUGUGAAACCCUGAUGGUCAUUUGAGCCCACCUCUGGCCCCAGCCCCGUGCCCGCCUGGCUGGCUUUCCAUGGCAGACAUUCAGAAAGACCGGGGGAGCUUAGGGACCUGCAGAGGAAGCAGGACUGGUGGGGAGGGGCCAGAGGCAACCAGCCCAAGAGAAACACUGGCCUGGAGCCACUGAGGAAGAGGAAGGAGAUGGGGCUAGGCUUCUCCUGGAGUGGAGUGCUACACAGAGCCAGGGCAGUGACAGGGACGCUCUUAUCUCUUUCCUUGCUCUUGUCUAGUCAGGACCUCCCCAGGGGCUCUAAACCCAGAGGAGCUGCCUGGUUUUCACUUACCAGGAGGAACCACAAUUAGGGAACCACUGAGAUUAGCACUCUCCUCUGCUGACUGAGACUCCUCCAGCCAUGAAGAGCUAGUCUCAAUCAAAUGGGGGGUGCAUUCAAGGAACAGUGGGAGAGGCUCUGGACUGCUCUCGGUGUUGAGGGCCUGAGGUUUGGACUCUGACAUUCUUCUGGGAAGGACCAGCCAUCCCAGGUCUCGAGCUAUCGCCAGUUCCCACUUUCUCUGCCUUCUGUUGGCAGCGAGUACCACCAGGGCUGUCUCUGGGCUUGCCAUUCCUGCCUUCACAGAGCAAGCAGCUUGCAUGGCACAGUACCCAAAACCUUUCUGCCAGUAGCCUGCCCAUUCUGCCCCGGAUCACCAAAGCUGGUUGCUGUGUGCGGCCUUCUACGUGCUCAGACUCUAAAGAGGCAGAGUGCAGUCCCCAGUUCCUGGCCCACUGACUUAGGCAUCCAUCCCGAGCAGCAGAGUGGCUCCCGGCAACAUCAAACCAGUUCUGGAGAGUUCUGCCGCCACCGCCACCGCUGGGAAGUCACUUAUGUUCUGCAGAUGAGCAGACUGAAGUCACAAAGGCUUGGGGACAUAGGGAGCUCUCUUCCAAGGAUGUCUUCAUGAUGCUAUUUGGUCUCUAGAAAUAGAAUCACUUUUUACUUCGGCAAAGAAAUAAACAGUGGUGUGAUUUGGCAUGGUAA